UUCACAGGUUUCACUGGAUGAUUCUGUGGGACUUGAAAAUAUGAUAAGACUGUAGAGAGUGUAAAUUCUUCUCUGUCAUCUGUCACCUGGCAUUUGUAAAAAAUAGUAUUUUAUUUCAACAUUUGACCUAUCUCUAUUUUUUUGAAAGUUGAGAAAUGAUGUUUGAAGGGAGUAGACUGUUAGAAGUUCUGUUAAAAGUAUCUGAGAAAGCUGCAAAUAUAGCAAGGGUUUGUCGACAGAACAAUCACUUGUUCAAGCUCCUUGUACAAGAAAAGUCACAGGAUGAAAAAAACCCAAGGUUUGUACAGGACUUCAAAACCCUCGCCGAUGUUUUGAUCCAGGAAACUAUCAAGCACGACAUAGGAAUUGAGUUUCCAGACUUAGCUGAACAUAUCAAAGGAGAGGAAAAUAAUACCUUCAGCAAUACUUUGGGCGAGUCUGUCACCGUUAAGAUUUGCUCUACCUUUGAGGAUACAGCAAAAUUACUUGAAAGAGUCUUAAACAAUGAUUCAGAAGCAGCUACCCUUCUGGCAAUCGAAGUACACCGAGAUAUUGGAAUGGAAGAUGUUCCAGGUAGCAAAAAUCUACAUAAUAAUCUCCAACUUGCGGUUGACCAGCUUGGAAUAUGGAUAGACCCAAUUGAUUCAACUGCAGAGUAUAUUCAUGGGGUAGAAAAAAUAGAUGAGGUGACGGGUGUGCACUUGGGUGGUUUGCGUUGCGUUACUGUACUAAUUGGGGCAUUCCACAGAAGCACUGGGUGUCCAGUAAUGGGUGUUAUAAAUCAACCAUUUUAUGAAAACUCAAAUUCUGGGUGGAAGGGGAUUUCAUACUGGGGCUUCAACUCUAAUGGUGUUAAGGCAUCCUCGUUGGAUAGCUCCGAACCGAGUGCUAAUCUGGUGAUUCUCAGUAGUUCUGAGAGUAGAGAUAUAAAAUCAAAAUUAUCGGAAAAUGGUUUUUCUUUUUUGGAAGCAGCUGGUGCUGGCUAUAAGCUGUUGACGAUAAUUCUGGGUCAGGCAGAUGCUUACAUUUUAUCUAGCGGGUCAACUUUCAGAUGGGACACGUGCGCGCCUCAAGCAAUUCUCGAUUCCUUGAACGGGGGUGUGGUAGAUUUUGCAGAUUUUGUCAAAGCCGAUUCAUUGGGUCAUACGAAUCUCACGUACUUAACGGAAAAUGGUGAUUUCUCCAAUCGUGGAGGUCUCAUCGCUUACCGUAGCACGAAAAUACUGGAAUCUCUUAAACAGAUCUUAUCUAAAUAACCUGAGCUUUAAAAAAGUACCCCUAGAAGUUUUCACAGAUAUUAGAUACACCGGAAAAGGGGACAUUUUACCUUUUGGUACAUAUUGCUUCUAAAGUAAUUGUACAUAUUCACGUAUAUCUAGUCCACAAUUUAAUCAAAUGGGUUCAAAAAUAGUGAAUACUCCCCUACCCAGAGACGAUAUUUUAAUUACAAUGUAAUUUUCAUUUACAUUGACAUGACCAUUCAUUGCACUUAAUAAACUAGGUCUCAAUAUGUAUGUUACAAUUAUUGAUAAAAAUUUUAUCUUCUUAAUCGAAUAUAGAAACAUAUAAAUGAAGAGAAUUUACAUUCCUAAAAAAAUGAAAAAUAAAAAACCCACCGCCUGUACUUACAUUAUGUUCCAAACUGUGUACUUACAAAUCAUACACCUUAAUUUUUAAAUGAUUAUGAUAAGUGUUGGAAAGUUGUGAAAAAUUUUAUUAGCUGGAAUAUUUGUAUAUUAUAUCCAUGGUGAAAUGUAAUGAGAAUAUUGCAAUAAAAAAAUAAAAAAAUGAA